AUGUCAGACAAUAAUUUAAAUGAGAGCAUUGUGCAAGAAAACCCAAGUAAGAAGCAGUUAAAUUGCCCUUCUUUGUCUAAGCUGCAGUUGGAUGAUCACAUAAAAGCCUAUUUGAAUAAGCAGCACUUGGAGAGAGAAAACCAAACUAUACCAUGUGAGAAUGAGAUGGUAGAAAAAGUUGUCACUAACUAUGUUAUUGCAAAACAGAUUUUAAGCAAUUUGUCCUGGCAAGAAAGGAUGCUGUACCAACAUGUGUGUAGCACUUGGCAUUCUGCAAUAAAAGCACUAAAAAAGGAACAGCUUAACCCAUCUGAUUUUAUGAUUCACAUUAAUAAUUCAGGUGGUAAAGUUCAGUUUAAGUUGAAACAGUCUUCUAAUUUCCACAGUGAACCUUUAGUUGUGUUUAUAUUUAUGAAUAUAUCAGCUGCUUCAAAGUUCACCAAAUGUCAGAAUAUUACACCCAGUCCAUGUUUUACACCUUGCGAAAAAGAGCAUCUUGCAGUGGAUGUGAUACAGAAAUUUAGCUGUGCACCAAAGGACUGCAUGCUUGCCGCAAAAGCUCAUUGUGUAUCCUAUAUGCCUCUGCCAACAGCCAAAACAAAAGAUGGUACUAUUACAAGACUCAGUUCGCAGGCGUUUAUUGGAGGCCUGUACCUACCAGUUAUACCAAAUGUACAGUUUCACAAGAUCAACUUAAAAACAAAUAGCACAAUGCAGCAGGAGUUUUAUACAGCUAUUGAUAAUAUUGUGACCGAUCAAGUUAUAAAGGGUGUUCUUGUAUUUGUUACCGACAAACAUCUGCUGCAAUCUGUUGAGGAUAUUGUCUUCUUGAAUCAUAUCAAGGAUGUACAACCAGAUAUACCUUAUGCAUUAGGAGGUUGUAUUUGCGAAGAUACCUUGUGUGAUUCAGAUGAUAUUUCUCAUAUAGUCAAUUCUACUACACCAUCUGAGGCUGUGAGUGACAAUCUUAUCUCUAUUGGAAUAUUUACUGUUCCUAAAGCCUCUGAGAAGAAUGAGUGCAAUUUCAACAUGUUCUCCGUAAUUCUAGAAUCAUCUGAGUGGGAUAAAGCAAAGAUACAGUCUUCUAUUAAACAGUUUGCAAAAGACGUGCCACAAUAUGAACAUAGUGCGUGUCUAAGACUAUCUUGCAUUGGCAGAGAUAGGAGGCAUAAAUUCGAACAAGACUGCUUUAGAGCUGCAUUUCCCAACACAUGUCUGACUGGAUGCUACGGGAAUGGAGAGUUAGGUGUUAACCAUCCAGAGAAACCCACACCAGAAUGGCCUAAAAAUAUCAAGAGGACCCGGAUGGACUCUGGUCCUCAAUUUGGCAUAAUUUAUUCAUAUUCUACUGUCUUUGUUUAUAUGGGCUGGGGAAAAGUUACCACGAAAGUAGAUAAAUAGGCUUAAGUUUUUAUUUAAUGUAUGGUAAGACAAAAUAUUACAAUGUUGACAAGAUGUCGUUUUUGUUAAUUAUAAGUAAACAUGUCAGUCACACUGUAAAUAAUUUGAUCCAUCAAGCUCACCAAUGCAAACAUUAUAUUCUUGCACAAGGAUUCUUGUCAUAAGUUCUUUAUAUUUUUACGUACUAGGUAUGUCAGUACAUUAAUUUUACUAUUAUAAAUGCCAAUUAUUUUCACCGUAAUAUUUAUAAUAUGGAAGAAUAAGGUGAUUAUAAUAAAGUCAUCAUCAUCAUCAGCCCAUAUUAUACGUUCCCACUGCUGGGACACGGGCCUCCUAUGAGGGUACAGGCCAUAAUCCACCACGCUGGCCAAGUGCGUGUUG